GAAAAAAAUUGCUCUGCUGAAAACCGAGAAGGGGAGCGAAGCGAAGGGCAGUAACUCACCGGUACCGGGGCCGUCGUGCACAAUAAAGCCUCCCACAGGAAAGUGAACGAGAGAGCAAAUUUCUGCCUCUAGCUACUGAGUAAACAGGCCUUACGUUAGGAGCCAGCGUGUCGCAGACAAGAAGCGCAGAUGGACACCAGAAGCACCACUGAAGAAAAACCUGUCCAGCGAUCUAAGUCCUUCAGCUUUAAGACUCAAAAGGAAGUGUGUGCAACAUGUGAAAAGACAGUCUACCCAAUGGAGAGAUUGGUGGCCAACAACCUGGUCUUCCAUUCAUCAUGUUUCUGCUGCAAGCACUGCAACGCCAAACUGAGCCUUGGCUCCUUUGCAGCUCUUCAAGGUGAAUUUUACUGCAAGCCUCACUUCCAACAACUGUUCAAAAGCAAAGGCAACUACGACGAGGGUUUCGGGCGUAAGCAGCACAAAGAGCUCUGGGCCUCCAAGGAGACAGAUACUAUAACAAAGACACCCUAAUCAUGUCUAUCUGUUUCCCAUUUCAGACCUGCCUCUUGUUUUUCCUCCUCCUAACACCUCCAGUACAUCACAAAGAACACAGACCUCAUAUGCUGGGGCUCUGUCAAAUCACCCACACAUUCACUCGCUUUUUAAAUUCCAUCAGAAAUGAUACAUAGAGAAAGAACAAGAAUAUGACUGGCCAGUCAUGAUCCAUACCACUUAAAAUGAUUAUUCAACAUAUUUUUUGAUGAUAAUUAAUAAUUUCUUACUUUUAUUUUCCAAUUUCCUGUUUGGAAUUGGUAGUUGAUUGUGACCAAAAGCCUUCUCUGCUAUGAGGAGUGUAACAAUAAACACCUUUAUUUUAUUUGUAAAAAAAUGUUAUUAAUAAUUUGCACCCUUUUUCUUUUUGGAAUAUGUAAACCGUAUGCUCAGGCAAACUUUUUGGAAUGGUAACAGAGCAUCAAUGUUCUGCAGUAGAGCAUACACUCAGGUCAAUUUUCACCCAAGGUUUUAAAUAAACUAUAUUGCAUAGUUUUGCUCAUUGUAACAAAUCUAAAUAAUAGUCCUCAGUAUUAUGAUGAUCCUGUCAGACACGUUUGUCGGGUUUCACAUAUUUGAGGAACAACAGGGUACAGAGUACUGUAGAAUAACCGUGCACAUCAGCAACAGCUCACCUCUCGUCUUUUAAUUUUUGUGUUUUAGUUUUAUUAUUGCUCACUUCAUCCCAUGGUUUUGUUCUUAUUUUAAUGACCACUUUGAGUCUUAUCCUUGCAUGUUGGUUUGACUGGGUCUUAAUAGCCUUAUCUUAUGACUGUAUUGAUCUCUUGUGUUGUGAAUGGUUUUACUUGUUCCACUGAUGCAUAGCAAGUCACGUUUUUAGAAAUCUCUUGUUUAUGUUCGAUUGAUGUCAAGGCAUAAGUGGAUCUCUGAGCUUUUAUGGUUAAAAUCUUAAUGGAAUUCUCAGAUUGUGUUUUGUAUUCUAUCUGUACAUAGAGCUGUAGUUUGUGAUUAGUAAACAUUCCCCAUCAUGCUGUACUCUCCACACAAGAUCACAAGACAAGAUGCUGAUAAUCACAGAAGCAGAGGCGCUGUCUGCAAAAAUCCCUCAUUCUGUCCUGUGAAACCAUUUGAAAUGGUCCGUCAUCAUUUUGUUAAAUUGAUUCCUGGAAUUCUACAUGUAGAUUUUGAUGGAGAGAACUUAAACUUAACAGGAAAUGGCAGAGCUUUGUUCCUUUGUCAUUUCAUGUUUGUCAGUGUCUUGUGGUGAUAUAUCCCAUGCUGUAUUUGGGUGUGUUUAUAUAACUGGAUAGUUUUAUGGACUCAUGGACGGAUCCAACCUAAUCACUGUGUCUUGAACAUCCAUGGUUAUUUGUUCCCCUUUGUUCCUUCCAAUAAGCGUGAACAGGUUUCCUUUUUAAAUUAAUGCCUUCCUGUUCUCAUCUUCUGUCUUAUUAGCUAAAUGCAGCUUAGCAACUGGACCUAUUUUUUAAUAUUAAAUUUAGAAUAGGUGGGUAGGUGAAUGGAGAGUAUGUCACAGUAUUGGUUCUCUAAUGUGCGCCUGCAUGCUGCAUGCAAAACCCAGUGCAGAGCACCCCCUGCUGGGGAAAGUGUGACCAUGAUAUCUAGUGUGAGAGAAAGAAAAAUGACUUUGCCCUUGAUCUAAAUAAAGCCUUUAUUCAAAGUUUUUGAAUAUGUUGCCUCAGCCUGCAGUGCAACUUCUGCACUACAGACAUUUUGAUCUUAUUUAAUUGCAACACCUAAGAUUAAAUGAAUCCAGUAGAUCAGAUUAACGUGUUUCUCAUUUUAUACAAAGAAUGAGACAAAAGCCAUUUAAAUCUCAUUUUAGAAACCGAAUACCGCUGACACUUGAAUGACUCAAAGUACUUUUUGUGACUGAAGGUUUACUGUGAAUUUGAGCAUGCUGUGUGCAUAAUGGAAAGGCUAAGAAGAGGACAGAUGGAUAUGUACAUUUUUCUUUUUAAGGAGAAGCCUUAGAAAUACAUAGCUUACCUUAUUGCUUUUUCAACAAGACAUUUGAGUGCACAGAUAAUAAAAUAAAAAUCUCCUGGUCAUGCCUUUUCCAAAACAUACGCGCUUAUUGCAGAAUCCCACUCUUAAACACAGGAUCACCUCACUCAACCAGCAACCAUUUUCCCUGCUAACUAAUUUAUCCACUUGUACAAUAAUUCAAAUUCUGUUGUGUUAUGGUGUGUGUUUUCUUUUUGCCAUUUUAAAACUGUCCUCUGGAUCCUGGAGUAUGCUUUAAAAUCAAGAGAAUUGUAUCUAUAAAUGCUGUUUGUCACUCUCUGUUAGCAGUUCGCCAAGGUACAACUGCAAAAUCUGUGAAUUGCAACAUCUAAGUGUAAUAGAGCAGACAAGGUACACUUUACACUGGUGCCAAGAGGCUCAGGUGAAUGAUUGCAGUGUAACGUUUUAAUGUUUAAUCUGUGAGUCAUUUAAUUUUUGUGCUAAACUUAAUGUGGACUUACUUUUCAAUGCUGUUGUCAUCAAGACAUUUUAAAUGUAUACAUCGUUGAAAGUGUAUUCUAUAUUACAGACUUGACCUGUGGAUUGAGGUGGCCUUACAGCAAAAGGACGCUUGGACUGUGUUUGCAGUCUUUACUCUAUUCCUCCUUCUCUUUAUUGCUUAGUUGUGGUAUGGAACAUUUUUGAAAUGUAAGCGCCCCCUUUCUACUCCAAUAUACACAAUCAUUUUGUGCAUAUUCUUUCUUGAUUUUUUUUUCUUUUUUUUUUUUUUUUUUACACAUUCUUUUGGAGAAAAAAUAAAACGCUGGUGUUGAUUUAGUG